AUGGAGUCAGCAGGAGCAGAUGCCCCUGGUAUAGGGGUUGAGGAGCGUGUCCGGGGGAACGCGGCAAUGCUCCACCAUCUCGGCGCCGCCAUGGACCGCGUCAUCCAAACCAUGGACCGCUGGGAGAGACAGGGAGUUCCUCCACCCCACCAGCGCAACCGGGGUCUCUACUACUCGCCCCCCCUCUGCACCCAGUCCCAGUGGGAUUCGUCUCACCCUUCCCCGGGACCGCGGCAGUGUGCCUGCGCGCGCAGGGCGGAUGGGGCUGUAUCUGGGAGCUGCAAGACAGAGGUAGACCAGCUGCCCUGCCUCCAGCGCCUCUUUCUCAGCUGCAACAGCAUCACCAGUUUUGAUGAGCUAGGCUGCCUGGGAGAGUCGUGCUCCCUUUCUGAGCUCACCCUGGAUGGGAACCCAGUAGCCCUGGAGACAUGGUACAAGCAGGCCGCCCUGCGCUGUGUGCUUCAACUCAGACAGCUGGACAUGAAACGUGUCACGGAGGAGGAGAGACGUAUGGCCUGCGUCACGGCCCGGAAGGAGGAUGAGAAGAAGAGGGAGAGUCACAAGCAGGCCAUGCACAAGGAGAAGCGGCGUCUGGCCAUCCGUAAUGCAGCACUGCAGUGGGAGGGGGUCAGGGCCUGCCUGGAGCACCCGGCUCAGAACGGAGCCAAGGAGGAAGUCAGCCCUGAAGCAAGCCCUGCCCACAGUCCUGCCCAGACCAAUGGCCUUGCACUGGAACCUUCUCCGGAUGAGCAGCUCAGACGGGUGAGUCCGGUGUCGGCUCCGGACAGGCCAACAGGGGGCAGUGAGACCCGGAUACGCUCCACCAGUCGCCCCAACAGUCCUCGAGACCCCAAGCUCCUUGAGGCAGGGGGUGCCAGCCUGCAGAGCCUCUCCCUGUCAGACAGCCACCUGGCGGAGCUGGAUGGGGAAACCCUGCGCCUGUUCGGCCUCGGGGCCCUGGAGGCCCUGGAGAGAGGCUGGGGGGUCCAGACUGCAGGGGCCGUCACUGUCAUAGCCUUCCGCUACAUCCACUUUGAUGCGAUCGUGCCAACACUGCCACGCAUAAGGGUCAAGUUCCCCAACCUAUCUCACCUGAUUUUCCUGGAGACCAACGUCAGCCGUCUUCCCCAGCUGGCUGCUCUGGCCCAGGUGAGACGUCUGGACCAGCUGACCAUCCACCCAGAGGGGAACCCUGUAGUCAGCCUUUCCCUGUGGAGAUCCUUCCUCAUCUACCGCCUGCACCACUUCAACCUGCACAAGAUCAACAACCUGGAGGUGACCAUGAAUGACGUGAUCUCUGCAGAGCGUUUGUUUGGGACGCUGGGUCAUAUCGCUGCCACCGAGACACCACGCUGCCGCCUGCUAGUACUACUGGAGGAGUCCAGGAAGCGUCAGCUGCAGUUUCUGUUGGAGGGGCGUGGGCGCCGCGCAGGCUUGAGCCCAGAGGAGCUGCGUGACAACGGCAAGCUGCUUGGAGAGGGCCUGAGCAGAGCCCUGUUCAACUACCCCAGUAGAGACUGCUGCAGUGUGGGAGCGGAGAGCCCAGAGGAGGGUGCUAUGGAGUCGUCAUCGGAGCGCCGCGCUGUGAUGGAACAGUAUAUACAGGCUCAGGUCCAGAGGGCAUCUGACACCAACCUGAAGGGGGAGUCCCUCCACAAACUGUGGCCCUCCAUGUUCAUGGAGAUGGUGAGAGACUAUGUGCUGGAGAUGAGGGACCGACCAACCUUCCGUCAGGCCUGCCUCAACAGGCUCUCCACACAGGGAAAGUGAGAGGGUGAGGGGUAUAGACCUGGUAAAACUCCAUAAGACCCACAGUACAGCAAACCGGACACAUACUGGAAACGGGUACAGCAUACUGGACAGAUACUAGAAACAGGUACAGCAUACUGGAAACAGCUACAGCAUACUGGACACAUACUAGAAACAGGUACAGCAUACUGGACACAUACUAGAAACAGGUACAUCAUACUGGACACAUACUAGAAACAGCUACAGCAUACUGGAAACAGGUACAGCAUACUGGACACAUACUACAAAAAGGUACAUCAUACUGGACACAUACUAGAAACAGCUACAGCAUACUGGACACAUACUGGAAACAGGUACAGCAUACUGGACACAUACUAGAAACAGCUACAGCAUACUGGACACAUACUGGAAACAGCUACAGCAUACUGGACACAUACUAGAAACAGGUACAGCAUACUGGACACAUACUAGAAACAGCUACAUCAUACUGGACACAUACUAGAAACAGCUACAGCAUACUGGACACAUACUGGAAACAGCUACAGCAUACUGGACACAUACUAGAAACAGGUACAGCAUACUGGAAACAGGUACAGCAUACUGGACACAUACUAGAAACAGCUACAGCAUACUGGACACAUACUGGAAACAGGUACAGCAUACUGGACACAUACUGGAAACAGGUACAGCAUACUGGACACAUACUAGAAACAGCUACAGCAUACUGGACACAUACUAGAAACAGGUACAGCAUACUGGACACAUACUGGAAACAGGUACAGCAUACUGGACACAUACUAGAAACAGGUACAGCAUACUGGACACAUACUGGAAACAGGUACAGCAUACUGGACACACUGGAAACAGGUACAGCAUAAUGGAAACAGGUACAGCAUACUGGAAGAUGGAUGUGGAUUUUUCUUUUAAAGGCAACUUUGAGGGGGGGUUCUCACCAGCUGGGCCUCAUAAGCUUGAAUUCACAUUAUCAUGGAAAAGACAAUAUUGAUGUUUGUUCUAUACUCUGUUCUUCCUAUUCAACUUGAUUCCAGGAUGCACGGAGCUAUAGAGCUAUAAACUUGAGAAAGUCAUUGUGAGCUUGCAUUGUCAUCCCUAAAGAGGAACAUGCUUUGCACUUUAAAGCCUUCAUAAAAAUCCUGUUCUGGAGCCUUCAUCUCCAGCUGAAGAUUACAAUGAGUGUGUCUCAUUGAGCCUAGAAUGAUUGUGUCAUGAUAAUCCUCUUCUUAAUGUUACUCUCUCUCUCUCUGCCUGGCGUGAUGACAAGGGCACAAAAUACACGUUUUCUUUUCGGACCACUCAUUUUCUGUAUUGUACUUAGAAAUAAAAUAUUCUCUAACACUUAACU